GAGGAGGAGGAGGAGGAAGAGGAGGAAUCAGAGCGAGAGAAACCGUGUGGCUGCAGUCAGUAGGGACACAAACAGAGAGAGAGAGGAAGAGGAGGAGAAACGGAGAAGAGAAGGUUUCCUCCCUCCCUCACCUCACUGACCCAUGAAAGAAGCCAUGCCGGUCCUCACAGCAGGAGCAGGGCUGCAUGAGACGCUGGCCCUGCUGACCUCUCAGCUGAGGCCUGAUGCCAAUCACAAAGAGGACAUGGUUUUCCUGAAGGAUGUCUUCAGUGAGAGGAGUCUGGGAUACCUCAUGAAGAUUCAUGAAAAGUUGAGACAGUAUGAGAGACAAAGUCCAACGCCUGUCCUCCACAGUGCCUCUUCUCUGGCAGACGAUGUGGCAGAGGAGCUGCAGAGCGGACCAAUGAGCACAGAGGAGAAGGAGCUGCUGCACCUGUUAACAUCACCUCAUCUUAAGGCCGUUCUCUCUGUACAUGACACUGUGGCUCAAAAGAACUUUGACCCCGUGCUGCCACCUCUACCAGAUGAUCUAGAGGAUGAGCUGGAGGAAGAGUCAGUGAAGAUUGUCCGGCUGGUGAAGAACAAGGAGCCUCUGGGAGCCACCAUAAGACGAGAUGAAGCCACUGGGGCUGUGAUCGUGGCUCGGAUCAUGAGAGGAGGUGCAGCUGACCGCAGUGGUUUGGUCCAUGUAGGAGAUGAACUCAGGGAGGUUAAUGGAGUCUCUGUGAUCCACAAAAGGCCGGAUGAGAUCAGUCAGCUGCUGUCCCAGUCCCAGGGCUCCAUCACUCUGAAGAUAAUCCCUGCCAUUAAAGAAGAGGACCGCCUGAAGGAGAGCAAGGUGUACAUGAGAGCUUUGUUUGACUACAUCCCAUUGGAAGAUAAAGCGACACCUUGCCAAGAGGCAGGACUCCCCUUCAAACGGGGGGACAUCCUGCAGGUGGUGACCCAAGAUGACCCCACCUGGUGGCAGGCCAAGCGUGUGGGAGACAGCAACCUGCGAGCCGGACUCAUCCCCUCCAAACAGUUCCAGGAGAGGCGACUGGCUUACAGGAUGAAAAUGGGCACACUCCCGAAUCCUAAAUCGCCUAAAAAGCCUGCCUAUGACCAAGGAUGUGAUAAAGAGGACUGUGACUGUGAGGGCUAUUUCAAUGGACAGUACAUAGUCUCUCCUAAGUGUAAAGCAGUGGCGCCCUCCUGUGGCCAGGUGUUUUCCUGGGAAUUUUAUUCAGCUGGUUUGCGGAGAAGUUUUCGUCUGAGUCGAAAGGACAGGCAAGGAUCCUCCGGGGAGGGCUCUGAUCCAGGAGACCCUGACUUCCUGACAUAUGAGGAAGUGACCCGCUACCAGCAGAGGCCCAACGAGAGGCCCAGGCUGGUGGUGCUGAUCGGAUCUCUUGGAGCGCGAAUCAAUGAGCUCAAACAACGAGUGAUCGCUGAAAACCCACAUCGCUUUGCAGUGGCUGUUCCACACACCACCAGGCCCAAGAAGCCUCAUGAGAAGGAGGGAGUGGAGUAUCACUUUGUCACCAAACAGCAGUUUGAUGCAGAUGCUUUAAAUAACAAAUUCAUCGAGCAUGGAGAAUACAAGGAGAACCAGUAUGGCACGAGUAUAGAAGCGAUCCGCUCCGUGCAGGCCAAGAAUAAGAUGUGUAUAGUGGACGUGCAGCCUGAGGCACUGAGGAGACUGCGGACGGCAGAGUUCAAACCCUACGUCAUCUUUGUCAAGCCUCGUGUUCCUGAGAGCAGACGUCGCCGCAGCGCUGCAACCUCACCAGGAGGGGGCGACCAUGGCCGCGUUACAGAUGAAGAUUUGCAGGAGAUGCGACAGUCUGCCAUUCAGAUUGAUCAGCAGUACGGACACCUAGUCGACCGAGUGCUGAUCAAAGAGGACUCAGCGAGUGCCUGUGCAGAACUGCGGGGGAUCUUGGAGCGGCUGGAGCGAGAGUCCUUCUGGGUGCCUCUCAGCUGGGUGCGGACCUAAACUCACAUACCCCUCUGCAAGAUUCACAGCCUACCCGUCCCGAUUCCGCACCGGUCCAGAGCUCUCCUCCACUCACCAAAGGCUUACUGGGGCGGCCCGAGAGCCUGCUGAGCUCUCUCUAUGCGGCUGACGCAGGGCUGCUCAGACAGCCAUAAAGAGAAGCACCAAAGGGAGAGGAUGAUGUCGGAGGAGGACGCCAUCGUCUGGGGUGUUGUAGCGGAUCGAUCACUGUCGUUUAAACACCCAGAAAUCACUGUCUGACUGUCACUUCCAAGAGUUAUCAUCCAGGUUUGGAUUUAAUUUAUUUAUUGACUUCAAGUAAAAAAAAAAAAAAAAAAAAGCUGGAGUUAAUUUACUAUUUCUCAUACUGUCAGGUUUCCACUCAGAGGACUUCUCAGCCAAUCUGCUUUAUUGUUGGACUAUCUUCAGAAGCAUGUUUCUUAAGUUUAUUUCAACUUAACGCCAAUCUCAGACUGCUUCCUGUUCCUGCUAAUGCAUCCUGUACAGCAUAAGACCCAUCCAACACUCUCCAGAGCAGGGCUGGUGGGUGGAAGUGAAUGCAUUUGAAACUCUUCUUUUUCGCUUAAUUCAUAUGAUUCCCACAAAGACAGAAACUUAACGGAAUGUGACCAGUCUUAUUUUCUACAGAACUGUUUGUUUUUAGGAGACAUGCAUGGUUACUAAUCUCAGAUGUAAAUACUGUAAAUGUUUACUCCUCGUGUGCCAACGAAUGAUCUCGUAGCACUUCAAUGCAACCUGUUUACCAUUAUUCCCUGGGAACCCACAUUUGUUUGAGUGUAAAAACAAUAAUUUGCACAGAGUAUAUGUGAAUGGAUGUCACUGUGUAUGUUCACAUACACCAACCUAAGAGUCUUCUGCGUACUGGAAGGGGUUUUGUACAAUGUCCUUGCACAUAUCUGUAUUUUUGACAGCAGGAGAAGUAAAAUCAGGAUUUAUUUGAGUAUAAGGGUUUUGUUUACGAUGAUACAAACUGGAAUUUAAACAAUAAAUCGAUUGAUUAAUUAAAACAUUAACAGUCAGCUUUUAGCAGAUGUUUUUGAUAAAUGUAGUUUAAUAUUUUCUGCAAAAAGCCAAACAUUCCCAGGUUAAAGCUGCUCAGUUGUGAGGUUUUUCUAUGUUGUCCAUUGCAUUUAACUUAACGCUGGAAUUAAGUCAGACAAAGAGAUGAAAACACACAUCUUUGGAUGUAAAGAAGAUUGUACUGGAUUUUUUCACUAUUUUCAUACAUUUUUUGGACAAAAAAUGCUCUACAUCAUAUUGUGAGCUUAAAACUAAAUCCACCUUAAAAUGAUGUUUAACUUACAGGACAGAGUCCUAAUAUACAAGUCUCUAUUAAAAACUGUCACAAACUGCAUUUUUGUCGCUAAGUCAGACUGAAUCCUGGAUCUGGAAAUAUGCCACUGUAAGGAAAUGUUUCAUGUAAAAUGUUCCUGCUCAUCUCAGCAUUGAAAACAUUAAAUUUACUUCUCAUUUUUGCCCUAAAAUAUUCCACUAAAGCCGAGGUCAGACUACAUGAUUUCUCACCUGUUACAAUUGUCCUGUGACAGAUUUUCCAUGAAGUUCCCACCGCACACUUUUGGUGUCCUUGAUUGUCAUUCACUGUGACACUACAUGAAGUGAAAUGACAGAUUUUCAAUGUCGACAGGUCCAGAAUCCAUACGACUGACAGGUCAGAGGUCGUGGUGGUGCUGAAAACUUGUAGUCUCAGCUCAGUUUCAGAUGUUUCCAUGGAAUAAGAGGCAAUAUUUCACAUAUGUUACAGUUUAUAUGAAGCCAUGCAUACUUGUAUUACUUAAAAGCAUGCAAAUGUUUCAUUUGAUUAUAACACUCUUCUGAUGAAUGCUACGUUUGGAGUAAGUCCUGAUUUGGGAAUAUCAAAAUGCUAUUUAGAUGGCCUAUUUGGAACAUCUCAAUAUGUUGUUUAAUAGGUGGAAACUUUGUGUCCAUGUUAAUAUGAUACAUGAUGUCUUUUCAGACAAACAGAUCAUAAACAAUUUAUUAUACCGAUGGGCAGUUUGGAAGAAAAAAAUAGCCCUUGAAGGGAAGCCACAUGGGGACAAGCGUUUUUACACCUUGACUUAUUUAUAAUGGUAAUCAUGGGCAACAGUGUCAGUUUCCCAUGAAAAUAAGCUGUUAUCAGUUGUUUUUUCAAGGUCCAGAGGACUGUUCUGAAAUGUGUUGCAUUAACACACAAAAAAAUCCUCCUCUUGUUAAGAUUUAUUUUUUUUCUUGUUUUUUACUAAGGUGUGUUUUCUCCUUUUUUUGUAGUUGAAAUUUUCUCUGCUCUUCUGAGUUUGUGAGUUAGUGAUGUCCCAAACAAAACAUUUUUUUCUGAUUUGACUGCAACAGGCUUCUGUAAAAAUGAACUUAUUUAUAUGAAAAAAGCAUUAUUAUCCUGUGACAAUAAUGUCAUUUUUACAGGAAAGCAGAGUAAAAUAAAAUGUUUGGAUGCCCGUCCACUUAGGUCACAAAUUUGGCCCCUAACAUACAGUAUGAGCUUUAAUGGAUAUAAAAAUCCACACAGGAGGAUUUUGUUGUUAAUCUGUCCUUAUGAAACUUUUUUAGGAAGAGAUCUUUCCUAGAAAGUGAGGAGAGAAAUACUUUUUACAGGGGCAUGGAGGGUUGGUUUAUUUUCUGAGAACUCAGAAAUCAGGAGAACUCUUGUUAUUCCAGUUUUUUUGUUUGUUUGUUUGUUUUUGACAGAAAAUAGCAAAAACUGAAAAACUAAGCCGUUUUUCCCCUUUCUUCAAUUCUGACAAAAAAGAAACAGAUUUUCCAUGAAGUUCCUGCCACACACUUUUGGUGUCCUUGAUUGUCAUUCACUGUGACUUUACAUGAAGUGAAAUGACAGAUUUUUAAGGUCGACAGGUCCAGAAUCCAUAUGACUGACAGGUCAGGCCAUUGUGGUGCUGAAAACUUAUAGCUUGCCUUUCUAUAGUAUUAUAGUAAAGGAAUAACAAGAUUUUUUGUUUUUGUUUUGUUAUUGUUGCAGUCAGAAAUAUAAAAAAAGUUAUUUUAUUUUCUUGUUUUAAUGAAAUAUUUGAGGAACAGGAAAUCAUGUGACUUGAGAAGGCUGAAUGUUUCAAAAUAAAAGCCCUCGAGUCAAAAUGUAAGCCUACAUAUCAAUCCACUGUGUUACAGAGUAUAAUAAUAAUAGGCAUUGUUCAGUGGAAAGGUUUAUUUAUUAUUUUGUGCAAAAAAUAAAUAAUCAGAGAGAAAAAAAAAACAUACAAUCAAUAUAACAGGUAAAUGCUGGCCUAUGAACCAAAAGGUAUAGAAACACACUCAUACUGCCAUCUACUGGUGGUAAUAAAAAUACCUAUCCUUUAAUUCAUAAUAAUUAAUUUUCCUCCUAAUAUUUCCAAUAUAUAGUCUAUUAAAUCAUAGGUACCUUAACUACUUAUUUUAUUUUUGAUACACUGCAUAGAGCAAAUUGAUCUGUUAUUAUAAAGUAAAACUUAGUGGAUGGUUACAUGGACUUAAAUGAUUUCCUUUUUCUCAAUAUUUCAUUUAGACAAGAAAACAAAAUAACUGAAUUGAAAAAACAAUUUACCCAAAUUUAAAAAUUUGUUUCUGUUGGUUUUCC